AUGUCCAGUGCGUCUUCGAAGAAGAAUCGGAUUUUCAAAAGAGUCGUUGAGGAAGAAGGGCAAAAGUUCACGCAACAGCAUCAAGUCACCACGCCUAUCCCGCGACGCACGUCGUCGAGUUUGACAUCAACACCGCAGGACCUCUCGCGAGACGAAAUGCAUUUGCCCGGAACCACGAUUGAUAGUGAGACUCAGCGCUCCUUCACUCCAAAGACGUGGGGAUCCGUUCAGCAGCAUGUGGCCACGAGAAGGCCAUCGUAUGGUACCAUAGUUACCACAAGAGAGCAAGGCUACAACUUGGACUAUCCUCAAGAUGUAAAUCUUGUUCAAAAACUACAACUAGACCCCCACUCGAGGUUUUAUGCGCGGUCAAGGCCGCGAACCCUCGAUUUGCCAUCAUUGCUUCCGUACAAGGUUGAAAACCCUCAGGAUCUGGCCAAGUUUUUGAGUCACAUUGUUUCCCAUCUAUACAUUGCCAUCAAGUCCUUGGAUAUCCAAGGAGCUCUCUCGAUUACUGCCAAGGAUUUGGCUGCGUUGAAGGAUUCCAUAUCCGAUGUCGAUUUAGUACUAGAGACCAACCUUUUUGAAAUGGACCGACAAGAAGAAGAAGAAGAAGAAGAAGAAGAAGAAGAAGAAGGAGAGCCAAUGACUGAAGAUUUUGCGUCCUCAGACGAGGAAACCAUAAAUGCAGAUGGCGAAGAAGAUGGCGAAGGCGUUGAAGGAGAAGACGUCGAGGCCGAUGAUGACGACGACGACGAUGACGCGGACAAGGAUGCCACUAUUCAACACAAGAAGUCACCCAAGUCCGCGGCCGUGGUUGGCGUUCGCACAUGGACGCAUGAACUACUAAUAUGGUUCAAGAUGAAGUACGACAUGCCUUUGAGUCUAAGGGCCAACUUGGCCAGGGUCUACUACAGUUUGUGUCUUUGCCGGGGCCAACAAGUCAACCUCAAGACAUAUGUACGAGUGUUUGAAUUGCUUACUAAAAACCUGCGCUUGUUGUACGACGCGGGCUUGAGAUUACCAUGGGAGGGGCUAUGCAAGGAGUUGGAGCACAUUUUCCCCUCAACUGAUGCACUUCAAGUUGCCUUUGAAAAGAAAGAUCAGAUGCAGUUGGCCAAAUUGGCCUCGCGAGCAUCCUAUUUCUUCCACGAUGGAUGUUUACCGGAAAUUUUCCUGCGGCUAGGCUCAAACUUCUCGAUGCUGUCGUCAUCUUUGGUGGUUUCGGCUCUUGCCAUGCUCCCAACCACUUUCACCCCGCGCGGCGUCGAUGACGAAAACGAUAUUCGCCACUACCUUGACUCCUUGUUUUACAUGUGGCUCAGGUUGAACAAGACCAAGGGCUUUGAAGAACAAGUGACCUCAAGGUUGGGGAUUAUAGCCAUGGAAACCAUGAUCAAGAUUAGCGAAGAUUCCAAAACCAGAGACUUUAUAGACUUGGGCGAGUUUGGGUUGUUUACCCAGGACCAGAUGGAUCUCAUCUUCAGCGAGCUUCUCAAUAGUUUGGGGAUAAUGUCUAGAAAAUACUCGUCGUUUAAUUUGAAAUACUUUCAUGGUUUUGCCUCCAUCAUUAUCUUUUCCAUAAAUGGCAACAAAGGGUUGACAAAGGGCGGCAUUCUUGAAUACUUGAGGUCGUUGGUAAAUGCUGUGGAGAGUUAUAUCCAUCCGUCCAACACUGGCGAAUGGACCCGCCCCAUAUCGCGACUUGUGUUGGCAAUCGUUUACCAGUUUCACAAAAGAUUCAACAUGGAGCGACAGCCUGACGGUGUCCUUACCAAGAUCUCACCCGAUAUGAUGCUCACAAGUGGAAUAGUCGCCGAGUUUGUCUCAAUUUUCUUGCCAGUGGUCAAAAUUGGGAUACAGUCAAAAAAGAGCGACAUUUCGUCUGAAUAUCUCUCGGCUUUGCAGCUUUUAGCGCUUAUGGAACCUGAGUACGUGCUCGAAAACACGUUGUUGGACACUUACGAAUCACUAGAAGGGGUGAUUUCCACGCAUCGAGUGAUCAAUGCCCUCCGUAUUUUGGACGCCUUGUCGAGGCAAUUGGUCUCCACCCCUGUUUUCAGAGUCCAUGUCGUGAGGUUAUUACUGUUGGCGUUACCCGGGAUAGACACAAACGACUUGGAAAAGACGUUGCAGACUUUUGAAGUGUUUUGGGCUUUGGCCAACUACAUGCCGAUAUACGACCUCAGCGAUGAAUACACUGAUGCGACCUUGGCCUUGGAGUUUACCAAUAACCACCUCGAAUAUUUGAAAAAUAAAUUGUUCAGCACUGGUGACGAAACAAAAUUUGUCGUGUCAUUGGAAGACGAAGUGGCUGCUUUAAAGUCGUCAACUUCGGCUUUCAAGGAGCUAGUGAGGGCCUUGGUGCAACGGUUGCCCCCUCUAUUUGAAAACCUUCCGGAUCCUACCAAAAGUGCAGGAUUGGAAAGGAGCUUGGCACUGUCGAUUCAAAAGUUUUUCCUUGUAAUGUUUGAGGCCAUGUCCGACGACUUGUUUGCCGUGUUUAGAAAGGAGUUUUUCACCUUUGUGUUGAACAAUGUCCAUCACCCGGUUGCCGACCCAGUGGCAGAAAUCUGUGGUGGAUUAGUAAGACGUGACCCCAGCUGUUUCAAAGCUCAGUCGGAGAUCUUGAUGGAGAGAAUCAGAGAAGAAAUUGACGAAAAUGGGGCUGGUGCUCCCGGUUCAGGGUCAGGGAUAGACAUUUUGCCCCGCGAUCAAGCCUUGAGUUGGUACUUGAAUAUAUUAGGUGAGUGCAUAGGUAACGCCGGCGCACAAUUGGUAGGCAUGGGCAAGGAGCUCGAAAAUUUCUCCUUCUACUUGAUGGACAAUGUGCGCGGUCCGUGUUUGUAUUCAUCUUCCUUCAUUGUGAACCAGGUACUUCAAGCAGUGACAAAAGUGAAAAUAAAAGAGAGCCGAUUGAUUGCACCUGAGAUUGAAAAGUCUAGCGGCGGGGUUACUGCAGAAUGCUGGGGAGGCUUCUGGGACAGCGAUACUAGGUUCUCAAAGGCAAACACGACAUUUGACUGGUUUGUACCUAACGAGCGGCAAGUCAAUUUUGCGUUUGAGUUUUUCAGUGAGCAUGUUUCCAGGUGCUUGAACAAUGUUACCGGUUUGAUAAAGGAGUUUGAGAAUAAUAACAAGAAAUCGCGCUCGACGUCGUCAUCGUCGUCGUCGUCGUCGUCGUCGUCGUCAUUUGACAUUGAUGAGUUGAGAAUGAACCUUUUGUACCUCUCGUACUCGAUGAGUGGGGUUUCUUACUUGCUAGACCCAUCUUUUGCAGAAGAUAUCCCCAACUUGAACCACAACACGGAAUCCAUCAAGCACAGGUUGCAGCUUCUCACGCGGGUUAAGGAAGUCUCGGGUGUUUCUACUCAAAAGGAUGUUUUGCACGAUGAGAAUGUAAGGGAGAAUAUGGAUAAGAUAUUGCAAGACUUGAAGAGCGAGGAUCUUUUUGACUAUAUGGUUGACUUUGAGAAAAUUUGCGAAAUCGGCGGCGAUCAAGCUGAGCAGGAGUUGAAAAAUGAAAAAGUGCCCUUGAGCAAGUCCAUGAUUCCGGAAAGUCAAAGUGCUUUGAGCAAAGUGCGUUUGCUAGAGACAGAGACGGCAGAAGCGGCAGACUUUGACAUCCGCGGACGAGAAACUCCAAGCGUCGAGGGUGUCCAAAUGUCCAGUAUGAACCCGGGUAUCACUUUCAGGGAGCGCAGCUUGUACACUUCAAACUACUAUUUUGGUAACGACGCCAGAAAUAAAAAAUCGAGAGAUUUGUAUUUGAGAAUACACAAGAUAAGGCAUCUAGUUGGAAGAACUUUGCAUUUUGUAUCGAAAUUUUUGGUGGCCAAUUUCGAUGACAAUACCAAGAUAUUUGGCGACUUGUUGUUUGCCAUCAACAUAUGGAUUUCGGAUGUCGGCAGAGAGAGAGUGCUUGAGCCCAGCAAUGCCGAAAUUGACUACGAGAGCAUCGCGUUCCUUCAAACCAUCAACCGUAUCAGGAAACCCUAUACCCGUGUUGCUAUUGCCGCGAGGUUAGAGUCGUAUCACCAGGCAAGAGUUGCGCUUCACGCAACAGCUCGAGCCGAAACCAAUUUGGAUCGGGUUUUGAUGGAUGAUGUGGUCAAGAUCUCUGCGUCCAACUAUUCAAGAAUUGCGUCGCAAGCUCAGCGAGUGUUGCUUGACGGCAUGAAGAGAUUAAGCGGAUGCUAUAGCCACAUUGUGAAGACUGCAUUUAAAAAUCUUGCCAAGGCAUUGGCCAGUGGCGAGCAUCGGGAAAUUGAAAAUGCCUUGAAAGUGUUUGCCUUGAAAAGAAUCAAGACCAAGUUGCAGAAUGACUUUUCCAACCUUCAAAAGUACAUCGAAUUGCUUCGCCGUUGCUUAGAGACGGACGAUACAAAGGUUUACAAAUUAGCCCAUAGCCUUUUUUCGGGCGUUUCAAAGGCCAUUUCGCUUCCAAGCAGAGUUUGCAUUAUCGACGAGGCGCAAAUCGACGUCAUCAGGCCCUCGGAUCAAUAUAUUGAUUUGGAAAUCAAGGCAGUCCAGCUAGCAAAAGAGAAAAAGAGAAAGAUUUACUCUGAAAAAGUUGAAAAGUUGCAAGACAAGGUGAUGGAGGAGCACAAUUUCAAUGGGCAUUGGAAAGUAACGUUGCUGAACUUGGAGUUGUUGCUGACCUUGCAGUCGAGCUUGGAUAUCCCAACAAGAGCAGGGAUUUUGCAGAUUAUGUGUGAGGAGGCAUCAAAGGAGCAUCCAAUCUUGUCGAGGUAUUCGUUGUGGGGAAUCUCGCGGAUAGUGACCAAGCUUGCAGUGCUUGACCAGUACGGUUACGACCUAAAGCAUUGCUGGGAUUUGGAUUACCUUGCCCAAGGAGAGAGAUUAGAAAACACCGAGCCACAAUCUGGGAACAUCUCCUACCAAACUGUUUGGAACAGAGAAUUUGGGGAAGAUGCUCAAAAUUUAAGCUACUAUAUCGACAGCAAACCAAGCGCAGGGUGGCUAUUCUGGGGCAAAUCGUUGAAAGUCUUAAAAGCAGCUCCUUCGUACAAGUUGCAAUUGGGCGCAGAGGACCACGCCGCGUUGUACAAGUUUGGCCAAUCGGUUAGACGCGAAUGGUUGUCGAAAAUAGUCAAGAUGUGGGUCUCGGACGCCGAAACAAGCAAUGCGUUCCAAGUGAUGGAUGUUGUUAUCAUUGAAACAUUGAUCUUGUUGAUAUCAAACGGCUUCACGCCAAACUUUACGUAUACAGAGUUGUUGAGUUUGGUCGACGACAUUUACGAAAGUGACGAAAAGAGUGCCCAUCUCGUGACGUGUGAGAUUUUCGCUGGGGUCUUGUGGGCGUCCAAAUUUACCGCUCCCGAGUACUUGGACGAGCGUGACAAGUUUGUCGUUUCGCAUUUGAGGAAAAUCUUGAAUUCUGAUAUCGCACCUGGCACACAAGCCACAUGGAACGUGUUUGCCGUGUGGGUGCCGUCCAAUUGCGACAUCCGGAGAUUUUCCAGUGUCAUGGCUGAGUUUUUGGAUUUCAGGCCCAAUCCAAAAUCAGACUCGGCGUUUAGUGAAUCGGCCCGCUUGGGUUACAUACGGGCUAUUAUCGCUUCUCUCUCGUGGAGAUUGGCAGAUCCAGACAAGUAUUUGGACUUGUGUUUGAAGAAUAUCAGCCACCGGUAUAAUGCUGUGAGAAAGGAAAUUGGUGCGCUCAUGGCAAAUUUGUCCUCGACAUACUAUGUUGAAUCAGUUUGUGACAGCAGGACAUUUUUGGAAAACUGUAACCAGAAGCAGAACUUGAUGCUAUACGGCAGCGGCGACCACCAGCACCACCAUAAUAGUAUCCUAGCGCAAUUGCCAAACUUGUUUAGGACCACAGAAGCGAGACGCCAAGAAGUGGCCCAUUUACUUCCGCAAGAAAUAUUGACCUCGGACUACAUCUACACGGCGACAACGUUAUUGUUUUGGUUGAGACAAGAACUCAGCACCAACGCAAACAUUUUCCUUCAAGAAUACGUGCCCGAGUUUAUUGUUCCGUUUUUGCUUGAGUUGAUCAACAUGAAGGAAGUGUGUCAGUUGGGCAAGAUCGACCCCGUCACGGUUCUCAAGAAGGUGUCUCAAAUCUCCUACACCAAGGAGUUUUUGAGCAGCAUUGUUUCGAUGUUGAACUGUUGCUUCAAGAGGGAUUUGAAUGUUGUUCAAACAAUUGUUAUGGGCGAGUUUAUGGAGACAAUAUACUUUAGAAACUUGUUCAAGUUGACAAGAGUGCAGCGGGAAAGCAUCAUUGAUGUGAUCAAGUCCCAAUUGGUGCACAAGCAUUUAGAGGUUCGCGAGGCUGCCGCUGCCACCUUGACGGGUUUGAUCCACAUGCUGCCGGUUGAGGAUAUUAAGGUGGUUAUUCAAAAAUUCAUAACAUCUUUCACCGGGCAAUUGGACAAAGUGCGCCGUUUUUACAAAAAGAAGGGCAAUUUUAAGAAUAUGGAACAGCAGGACGUUGUGAAGUUGCACGGUGCGGUCUUGGGUUUGGGUUCGCUUGUGCAUGCAUUCUCAUUUGCAUCGCCCCCACCAGAAUGGGUCCCGCAGGUCUUGACUACUUUGGCCAACAAAGCCACUGGUCUUCCUGGCAUCGUGGGUAAAACUGCCAAGGAAACACUUGGUAAAUUUAGGAAAGAUAGACAGGAUACGUGGCACGUUGACAGUAAUAUUUUUGACACAGAGCAAAUUCAGGAUCUUGAAGGAGUCCUCUGGAGGAGCUACUUUGUAUAG